AUGACUUUCAGCAAACCACAGGAAGUCCUCGCUUCAGGUAUAACCUUCUACAGUGAACUUAGUGUGUCUCAGGGGGAGGAACCAGUGUCUCAGGAGAGCGGGGCAGUGUCUCGGGGCGAGGGGCCAGUGUCUCCGGGGCAUGAGCCAGCAUCUGAGGGCGAGGAGCAGUGUCUCAAGCUCCUGAGGGAGAAUGGAUUCUCAGCUGUAUCUUUGGACCAAUGUCCUUUUGUAUUGGGACUGGCCAAUCAGAAUUCGGAGCUGAUCAUGGAGGACUGCGUGCAGCUGACAGUGGGAAUGAAGACUAAGGAGAGACACCUCUUCCUCUUCAGUGACAUGUUGGUCAUUGCAAAGUCAAAAUCGGCCUCAAGUUUUCGACUGAAGCGAAGAAUAAAUAUGUGCGAGCUGUGGACGGCCUUGUGCACAGAGGAGAUCAGCGAAGUCUGUGUUGACCAAGAGAGAUCAAUCGUGAUCGGUUGGCCCAUCAUCAACUGUGUCGUCACUUUCAAAUAA